UUCCCUGCCAGGACCGAUCCGUGCCAAGAUGGCGGCGCCCAGAAAGGGAACGUCUCAGGAGCGGGAGGCAGCCGUGGAGGAGGAGGAAGAUGCAGGGCACAUGCAGGCAGAUCCGGAGCAGGAGGAGCCGGAGCCGGAGCCCAGGCUCCGAGACACCCCAGAGGACAUCUCCUUUGAAGCUGCUGCCAACACCAUUGCUUUCCACCCCAGCCAGGACAUCCUUGCAGCCGGCGAUGUGGACGGCGAUGUCUAUGUGUAUUCGUACUCUUGCCUGGAGGGUGGGAACCGGGAGCUCUGGUCCUCGGGACAUCACCUGAAAUCCUGCCGGGAAGUGUCCUUUUCCCACGAUGGACACAAGCUCUUCACCGUGUCUAAGGAUAAAUCCAUCCACAUCCUGAACGUGGAGGAGGGCCGACUGGUGACACGCUUCUCCAAGGCUCACAGCUCAGCCCUGAACAGCCUGCUGGUGAUAGAUGAGCACCUCUUUGCCACGGGGGACGAUGGUGGGAUGCUGAAGGUGUGGGACCUCCGCAAAGGCACAGCCAUCAUGGAGAUGCGGCAGCACGAGGAGUACAUCAGCAGCAUGGCCAUAGACGAGAACAAGAAGCUCCUGCUCACCACCAGCGGCGAUGGAACCAUGGGUGUUUUCAACAUCAAGAGACGGCGCUUUGAGCUGCUCUCAGAGCCUCAGAGUGGAGAUCUGACGUCCGUCGCGCUGAUGAAGAGGGGGAAGAAAGUGGUGUGCGGCUCUAGCGAGGGGACCAUUUAUCUCUUCAACUGGAACGGUUUUGGUGCCACUAGUGACCGCUUUGCAGUGAAGGCUGAGUCUAUCGACUGCAUGGUCCCAGUCACGGAGAACGUCCUGUGCACAGGUUCCAUCGAUGGAGUCAUCAGGGCGGUGAAUAUCUUACCUAAUCGGGUGAUAGGCAGCGUUGGACAGCACCUGGGGGAGCCCAUUGAACAGCUGGCCAAGUCCCACACCGGUCAGCUGCUGGCCAGCUGUGGCCAUGACCAGAAGGUGAAGUUCUGGGACAUCUCAUCACUCUGCUCCGUGGUGGUGGAUGAUUACCGGAAGAGGAAGAAGAGUGGGCAGCUGAAGGCCCUGAGCAGCAAAGCCUUGGGUGGCAGAGAGGACUUCUUUGCCGACCUGAGAGAGGAGGCAGAGGCACUGAAGGAGGAGCAGGAGGAGGAGAGCGACAGUGAUGACAGUGACUGACGGAAGCCCAGUGGCCUCUGGGAGAUUCCAUGGCCAAAAA